AUGAACCAACUGCAAGUUCAAGACGAAGGGGGCCGCUCACCCAUUGCGCUGCAACAACAAAUCUCGCCAGAGCCAUACCUAUCGGAAGAUGAAUCGUAUCUAUAUGAGGAUGAGGACGCUUCGAAACUCUCGGCGGCUUUGGUCGCGACUCCCCCCACUGCAAGUCCUCGACGUCUCACACCUCCGACUCAGCCUCGGGACUUUCGAGCUCUCGCAAGAACUGUUCCAGCGACUCCGAAGAGGAUUCGGCAACGCUCCAUACUACGGAGUCUGAGAAGACAGCUCAGACGAGGUAUUACCUGACAACAUCGUGUCCGCACCACUCCUGGCUCGGAAAGACAAGAAGAUUUGGACCGGCAUACCUGCGAGCUCUCUCGGUGAAAGGCAGACCGACGAACUGUCGAACACGACGCGCGAAGCAAUUUUCUCAAACAUAAUCCUCACCACUGCAGAGCACAACGAGCUCCGUCUCAGGCCGCUCGUUCCUCGCAAGCAGAAAUCCGAAUGGAAAUUUGUAAGCAAACUUCUUGUCUGGAGUCCCCAAGGUUCAUAGCUACAGGGGUGUGUCGAAGCUGCGUGCUGGGCUGCGUUUGUUUCGUCCUGUGAUCGACCUAAAUUUAAUUGGUGAGAUAUAUCAACAGAAGCAUGACUGAGCUCCACGCAUAUAUGAAUGCUGUCUUGCUGUCGUCGAGCGACCUUCGGUGACGCGCCAUCAUCAUCAACAUCCGUCGGAUGUGGCAGUGGGGAUCUGAUGACGUCCAGAAGUGUCUAUCACUCUUUUGAAAGCUUGGAGUCAACCCGCGAAGGUCGACCUGUUGUAGAGGUUCUACGAAUGGCCAUCGUUGCUCGGGCCCGGCCUGCAAAAGAGAUCGAGGAAAGGAUGGCGAGCUCGGGUACAAGAAACUACAGGACCCCAGGAAAACAAUGCUCUAGUCACUUCAAGGUGACCAUUUCGCAUAUAAAAUCAAAGGAUCUUGAUUUGGGUGGCUGACAUGUUUUUCUUUUUCCUUCUUCCUUCGUCCCUUGUGCAGAUCCUCGUCCAGGCUGUCGAUCUUUCAUCGGCGCUGGUGUACGCCCUCGGCAAUCACGAACGACGCCAACCCCCGCCGAACGUCCGACGUCCAACCCCUUUCAUUCGUGCGUUGGCGCGUCAAGAAGUCUUUCGGCAGGCCAACACGCCCACGCUCGCAUUCGAAAGUGAGUGUGUGCUCCAAGUUUGCACAGGAAGUUUUCUCAUUUCAAGACUGACCAUGAGUUCCCUCGCCCUUCCUUCAUUUCCGUCAGUAAUUGCCACGCGCGAUAUCAAACACCUACCAGAGUGA